AUGUCUUCACAAUCACUACCUCUUUUGUCGUCGUUUCGAUUCUUGUCUGAAGUGCUGCAGAAUAUGACUUCAUUUGCGGUUCUGUUGUCUUCGUCUUUAGAAGAGUCAGGUGUCGGUGACCUCCGGAGUGGAAUCGCUUUGAUUUGUGCGCUUAAACUAUCGAUCAAUUCAUUCAUUUUGGACUCAAUUGUGUUGACAUCGGCUGAAGACUUAUUAGCUGUAGCUCUCAAAGUACGUCUCCCUGAUUGGCCCGGAUGUGAGUACAGGUGCCGUGAUAUGACUCGGAUGAAAGAUCAUCAAGCGAUCCAUAGCGAUGACAAGCCGUACGCCUGUGAUUGGCUGCAAUGCGAGUAUAAGAGCCGAAGUUCUGACGGACUUCGGAACCAUAAGAAGACGCACGAAGACAAUAAACCCGUGUCCUGUGAUUGGCCCGCGUGUGAGUACAGGUGCCGUACUAAGGCUCAGAUGAAACAACAUCGACUGAUCCAUACGGAUGAGCGGCCGCACGCCUGUGAUUGGCCCGAUUGUGGCAAACGGUUUAAGUUGAGAAACACAUUGACUGAACACAUGUCGAGCGCACACACGGGUUCAGACAUCCGGUGCGAUGUGAAGGGCUGUGAGUUUAAGACCAGACAUAAGAAAAAUUUGACGGAAGAGUUGAGAGAAGAGAUCCAAAGUCUACGCAAAGAGUUGUCAUUUGAGAGACAAUUGAAUGAAAUAGAUAAUCCAAGACAUGGAUCAGUUGGCGAUACAGACAUACAUCAAACACGUAUUCCCCCAAUUGGUCGACCGCUAAAGAGGCCAAGAAUUGAGACACAAACUGAAGACACAGAAAUAUCAGAUGCGGAACCAAUUGAUGACAGCAAUGAUGACAGGGAUUCAGACAAUGAAAGUGACACAAAGAGAUCACAUGAAAUCAAGUGUCAAUUAAAGUGUAUAUUCAAUGCAUGCGAUAAAUGGUUCGACACUCAGGAGGAAUAUCAUAAACAUUGGGAUGAAAUGCAUUGCAUAUAUCGCUGUGUUGUCUGUAAUACAGGUUUCGUAACCCAAGAGUUGCUCUUAAAUCACCGCAAAGUGAACUGUUUUGCUGUAAACACAUUCAUAACAAAACCACAACUAAUUGCAGACAUAGAGUCAUUGAAGACAUCACUAAAGAGUGGUAAUACUGAUGGCGGAGAUAAUGAUAAUCACUAUUAUUUGUGUCCUAAUUGUUCAAAGAGUUUUCAAAAAGCGAAUGAAUUUAAUAAUCACAUGGAGUUGUGUCUUGUAUUUAAGUGUUCAUUCAAGACAUGUAACCAAUGCUUUAAAACACUGUCUGAAUAUCACAAACAUUUAGAUGACAUUCACUGCAAAUAUCGGUGUAUUGUUUGCGCGAAGAGUUUUGCGGACAAAGAGUUGUUAGAAAUACACCAAACGUUUUGUCGACCGAUUGUCUGUCAAUCAUCACUGAAGAGGAAGUCGUGUCCAGAAGACAAUGCGAGACAAUCCGAUUGUCGGCCGACAACACAAAACGCGUACAAACAGUGCAUUUUUAUGGCUUGCAGACAACGGUUUGAUACCACCGAUGAAUACGACCGGCAUUUGAAUGAAAUGCACUACAAAUACAAAUGCAAUAAAUGUGCGAAAAGGUGUACUUCACUGGAAUUGCUUUCUAAGCAUGAGAUGGCCUGCGGUUGUGAUCCCAAACCCAUUGUUAAUGAACAGAUCACACCCUAUGUAUGUACUCAUGAGGGUUGUGGCAAAGAGUUUGCGUCCAUAAAACAACGCAAUAAUCAUAAACGUGUUCACAACAAACACCUUCUAGUCUUUGCCUGCGAUCACCAAAACUGCGGCAAACGGUUUCAAUUAACGAGAUAUUUAACGGCACACAAACUGAAUGCCCACUCGGGUGUUGUCCGCACGUAUCGGUGCCCCAAACAGGACUGCGGCCGAGUCUUCAAUCUUAAAAGUAAUUUACGGCAACACUUGAAUGGCGUGCACUCGACCCGUGAGUAUCGGUGUGAUUGGCCCGCAUGUGAGUUCAUAACCCGUUCCGAGCAAUCGAUAGCACAACACCGCCGGAGACACAACCCGGACAAGUCUCAGAAGAUUGCGAAUAUUGCGUGCGAUUGGCCCGCGUGUGAGUACCGGACCUAUUCUCAAGACCUACUUCGGUGUCAUCUGCGCUCUCACAGUACGAGUCGUCCGCACGCCUGUCAUUGGCCCGGAUGUGACCUCAGGUUUAAGACCAUAACAGGUCUGAACAAUCAUAUGGUCUAUCAUUCGGGACCAGAUAUAGCGUGUGAUGUGAAGGGCUGUCAGUUUAAGACUAAAUAUAGAAACAAUUUAAUUACACAUAAGAAAUUUUAA